AUGGGUCAAGAGCUGUGUACAAAGACUCUCCAGCCUGGAUGCAGCUGCCAUCGCUGUUGGGAGGGAGGCGAUGCACACAGCUGUCAGAGGAGUGCGCCUGUGCCGGCGGAGGCUGUGAUCGAGCUAACAGACCUAAAAGAAGCGUCAUGUUCCAUGACUUCAUUUCACCCCAGGGGACUUCAGGCGGUCCGUGCCCGGAAGUACAAGAGUAAAAGGCCACGGAGUAACAGUGAUUCUUUUCAGAAAGAGGAUCUGAGGCAGGGUUUUCAGUGGAGGAAGAACCUCCCUUUUGGGGCAGCCUCAUCUUACUUGAACUUGGAGAAACUGGGUGAAGGUUCUUAUGCCACAGUUUACAAGGGGAUUAGCAGGAUAAAUGGACAACUAGUGGCUCUAAAAGUCAUUAGCAUGAAUGAAGAGGAAGGAGUCCCAUUUACAGCUAUUCGGGAAGCUUCUCUCCUGAAGGGUUUGAAACAUGCCAAUAUUGUGCUCCUGCACGACAUAAUCCAUACCAAAGAGACACUGACAUUUGUUUUUGAAUACAUGCACACAGACCUGGCCCAGUACAUGUCUCAGCACCCAGGAGGGCUUCAUCCUCACAAUGUCAGGCUUUUCAUGUUUCAACUUUUGCGGGGCCUGGCAUACAUCCACCACCAACACGUUCUUCACAGGGACCUGAAACCUCAGAACUUACUCAUCAGUCACCUGGGAGAGCUCAAACUGGCUGAUUUUGGUCUUGCUCGGGCAAAGUCUAUUCCCAGCCAGACAUACUCUUCAGAAGUUGUGACCCUCUGGUACCGCCCUCCUGAUGCCUUGCUGGGAGCCACUGAAUAUUCCUCUGAACUGGACAUAUGGGGUGCAGGCUGCAUCUUUAUUGAAAUGUUCCAGGGCCAACCUUUGUUUCCUGGGGUUUCCAACAUCCUUGAACAACUGGAGAAGAUCUGGGAGGUGUUAGGAGUCCCUACAGAGGAUACCUGGCCUGGAGUUUCCAAGCUACCUAACUACAAUCCAGAAUGGUUCUCACUUCCUAAGCCUCAAAGUCUUCAGAACAUCUGGAACAGGUUGGGCAGGGUUCCUGAAGCUGAAGAUCUGGCUUCCCAAAUGCUGAAAGGCUUUCCUAGAGACCGAGUUUCUGCCCAGGAAGCACUGGUUCAUGACUAUUUCAGUGCCCUGCCUUCUCAGCUGCACCAGCUUCCUGAUGAGGAGUCUUUGUUUACAGUUUCAGGAGUGAGGCUAAAGCCAGAAAUGUGUGACCUGUUGGUCUCCUACCGGAAAGGUCACCUCCCAACCCAGUUUAGCAAAUGCUGGUGA